UUCCUAGAACUCGGACAUAAAUGAAAAUUUCAUAGCUAAUAACUCAUAAUCAAUUAUUAAACAAUCAAAUCCUGCUAUAUUGCAACGUUUUGAUAACUGACACAGCACAAAUGAUUAAAAAUACGUGUUCCGCUUGGUCAGCCACAGUGACGUUUUGAUAGUUUUCCAUUAACGGCUUAUAGAGAUUGGUUUGAUACUGUGGCACGUAAACAGGCUACUUAUUUCGCUCGCACGACAGCAACGGAAGUCUCUGAUACGAUGGAAUACAUGGUCCAACAUACCGCUCCAUACACGUGGUAUGAAGUGAAGGACUGUUUGUGACAAUAUAGCAAACAAUUUUGAAGUGGAAACGUAAAAAUAAAUCAGCACAACGAUAUAUCAACCCUCUAGAUGGCAUCUAAUCCUAUAAAAGCCAGUCCGAGUUUUUAAGCAUGGGGUAGUUUACGAAAGCAUCGGCUAUGCGCGAUGUGCGACUGAAAAAAUCGAAGUCUGCUUCGACGUCUAUGGUAUCUAGUCCAAUUGACUCAAUCAUUCAAUAACUAAUCUGAACUUCCAAGUGUUGAAAUUAAUCACUCCUGACUAGUGGCUUAAUUUGUGUGAUAACCGAGAAAAUUGCGAUACGGUUUACCGGAAUACCUUCGAAUAUCAGUUGGUAACACGAAAACGUGUGCCACAAAGCAAAUAUGUAUUAAGGAGAUGCUUUGAGUGCUGGUGAGAAGGCCGGUGUCCUGACCAUAGUGAAUCGCAUUAGUGCAGAAAAAUCCGUUAAAGUAACCAUCCAAUAACGAGGCAAUAAAGAUUUUUUUACAAUCUCGUUUAUGCUUUGCAUGCCAUGUUAUCCUCUCGAUAAAAAACGGUGAGACACGAUGGAGAUAUCGGAAUCGACGAAACUUGUGUUUUUUGUUAGUCGCAUAUUCGGUCUUGCUCCGUAUGUGGUAAAACGUACAUCCAAGGGACAAAUGGUGGACUACAAGCGAAAUCUGUUCCUGGUGAUUUACGGCCUAUGUGUCGUAUUCUGCUUAGCUGGAUUAACAUUCAAAGGGAUCUUUUUCGAUAUUAACUCGAAAAAGCCGAUACGUUUCGUUUUCAGGAUGAAAACGGCAACUUCGAAGGUGGUCACUACAUUGGACGUUUCGGUGGUAGUUUCGGCAUGUAUAUGUGGAGUGUUUUGUGGCAUAUAUGGACUUCCGUUUGUUAGGGAACUAAAUCAGCGUUUGAACGAGGCAGACGACAUGCUUUCAAUGUACAUUUCUGCUGGUAGCCAUGAGAAGAAAAAAUGGAAAGGUCUAACGAUGAUGGCCCUGGUCGGUGUAACUAUCACAGGUGCUCUGGCUCUCGACAUUUGGGUUUGGUAUCGGAUAGCUGAUAAAAUAAAGAAGGAAAAUCAGGACUCGGGUGCCAACGUAUUGGGAUAUUGUCCAUUUUAUGCUCUGUAUUAUAUAUUGAUGAUGUUCCAUAUUUUAUUUGCGCAAUCUGCAUUGGGAAUAAGUAACCGGUUUCGUCGCCUGAACGUGGCUCUCUAUCACGCUUUUCCGGAGUUCAACAAAACUCCUAUAAUUGAAAUAACAUCGGUGUCUUCCACCAACAAUGCUUCGGAACGGCUGGAUAAUAUCACCGAGCAGAAACUGGGGUUAACCACCAUUUCCCAUGCAAUUACUCAUCCUCGACCAUCUAUAAAUAAUGUAAUUGAAGAUUUGGCCUACAUUCACGCGUCAAUGUCCACUGGAGUAAUGCUAGUUUCUAAUACAUUCGGUGUUGCCCUGUUAGCUGUUUUAGGAUCGUGCUUGCUCCAUUUGGUGGCGACAUCUUACUUUUUGAUGGUAGAGCUUGUUGGUGAUAAGGAUGCUGUGUUUUCCUGGAUUCAGGCGCUCUGGUUGUUUAUACACACUUUUCGUUUUUUGCUCACUGUUGAACCAUGCCACAUCACCAAUGUCGAGUCUAGACGAACCAUGACCAUCGUCUGUAAUUUGAUGCGAACCUGCAAGGAUUCGUCUGCAAAAGACCGGUUGGAAACUUUUUGGCGCCAGCUUGUUGGUAAUAAUUCCACUUUCACGGCAUGCGGUUUAUGCUCAAUCGAUAGACACAUUAUAACAUCGUACUGUGGAGCCAUUACAACCUAUCUUGUCAUUUUAAUACAAUUUAAAGAAGCUGAUGAUAAACCGAUAAGGACUAUUCAACGAGCGCUAUAAUUACUGAUGG